GCACACCGAUGCAAACGGACCCAGCCGCCAACAUGGACACAGACACGGAAACCACUGCACUCUGCCCCUCGGACAGCCUCCAGGGCUCCCCACCGGGCACACCCACACCAGAGGCAGUCACCACACUGCUGAGGAAACCAGAGAAACUAUUGGCAGGGUUGGACCAGAGCACUCCAGCUUCUGCACCAGGGGCCCCCAGACGAAGAGGGAGUAUGCCUGUUCCCUAUAAGCACCAGCUACGGAGGGCCCAGGCAGUAGACGAACUGGACUGGCCACCUCAGGCCUCAUCCUCAGAUUCCUCAGACUCCUUGGGGUCAGAAGCAGCCCCCAACCAAAACGAUGGCAUCUUCAAGGUCAUGCUGGUAGGGGAGAGCGGCGUAGGCAAGAGCACCUUAGCCGGCACUUUUGGUGGUCUUCAGGGAGACAGUGCUCAUGACCCUGAGAACCCAGAGGAUUCCUAUGAGAGACGAAUCAUGGUGGAUAAGGAGGAAGUGACUUUAGUUGUAUAUGACAUCUGGGAACAGGGGGAUGCAGGGGGGUGGCUGCGGGACCACUGCCUGCAGACCGGGGAUGCCUUUCUCAUCGUCUUCUCAGUCACUGACAGAAGAAGCUUCUCCAAAGUUCCAGAAACCCUACUUCGGCUGCGGGCUGGGAGGCCCCACCAUGACCUACCUGUCAUCCUCGUGGGCAACAAGAGUGACCUAGCCCGCUCCAGGGAGGUGUCACUGGAGGAGGGCCGCCACCUGGCCGGGACGCUGAGCUGCAAGCACAUCGAGACCUCGGCUGCGCUGCACCACAACACGCGGGAGCUCUUCGAGGGCGCUGUGCGCCAGAUCCGGCUGCGGCGGAGCCGGGCUCGCACCGGCGCCCACAAGCCGGAGCAGGGGAGCCCCGAGGGCCCCAUGCUGCCCGCGCGCCGAGAGAGCCUCACCAAGAAGGCCAAGCGCUUCCUCGCCAACCUGGUGCCGCGCAACGCCAAGUUCUUCAAGCAGCGCUCCAGGUCCUGCCACGACCUCUCAGUGCUCUGA